AUGGCCGAACAAGCUAGUUCCGCGUUGGGUAACGCGUCUUCUAUUAGUACCAGGAGGGGAAAUAUAGAAGGAAAUACUAGAUCUAGAGUCGGUUCUCGCAAAGAUAGUAAAAAAAACACAAAUAAUCAAGUGGAUGUGGCUACACUAAAUUUAGAUAAUACUGAAACACCAAUUGUGAAUGAACCAUCUGCAUCAACUCAAAGAAGUCGUAGAAGUAAAUCUAGUACUAGGAAUACUCGUACCAGUAAUUCUAAUACGCUAACACAAAAAGAACUACCAGGUACAAGUAGAAAAUCAACAAUAUCCAAAUCGCGCCGAAAAUAG